AUGGAUGCCAAUAUGGAUAUUAUGAUCGACUACAGCGAGGAACAGAAAAGUUCCUUAGAUGACUUACCAGAGUUUAUGUGGGAUUACGGAGGCAAACUUCGUCUAACGAUGGAAGAAUGGCAAGAAGCGAAGAACGGAUAUACCGAUGCCGAAAUCCAGACAGCCUUACCGCCGACUGCCAUCUUCCAGACGGUUCCCUGCCUCGACGGAACUCCCCCAAAGUAUGCUUCCGCGCUUAUGUUACUGUCCCAUUAG